GCUGCAUUCUUUGGGCGUGAGUCACGCAGGUUUGCAGCCAGCCCCAAAGGGGGAUGUACGCGAGCCCAGCGCUAUAAAUACGGCGCGUCCCCGUGCUCACCACGCGGCGUCGCCAGGAGGAGGGCACGGGCGCUGGGUGCAGCAGGCCGAAGCGUGCUAGGGUUCCAGAAUUGCAGAAGGAGGCAUCAUGGCAACACUCCUGCUCUUCGUGGGGCUCCUGCUGGCCUGGGAGAGUGGGCAGGUCCUGGGAGACCAGCUAAUAUCCAGCAACGAGCUGCAAGACAUGUCUACCCAGGGGAGUAGCUACAUUAAUAAGGAAAUUCAGAAUGCCCUCAACGGGGUAAAAGAGAUAAAGAAUCUAAUAGAAAAAACCAAUGACGAGCGCAAGUUGCUUCUUAACACCCUAGAGGAGGCCAAGAAGAAGAAAGAGGAUGCCCUAAACGAGACCAGGGAUUCGGAAACAAAGCUGAAGGAGUUCUCAGGAGUGUGCAACGAGACCAUGCUGGCCCUCUGGGAAGACUGUAAGCCCUGCCUAAAACAGACCUGCAUGAAGUUCUACGCGCGUGUCUGCAGAAGCGGCUCGGGACUGGUCGGCCGCCAGCUCGAGGAGUUCCUGAACCAGAGCUCGCCCUUCUACUUCUGGAUGAAUGGGGACCGCAUCGACUCCCUGCUGGAGAAUGACCGGCAGCAGAGCCACAUGCUGGAUAUCAUGCAGGACCACUUCAGCCAGGCAUCCAGCAUCAUGGACGAGCUCUUCCGGGACAGUUUCUUCACCCACGAGCCCCAGGACACUUAUCACUACCAGCCCAUCAACCUGCUGCACCGGCGGCCUCACCUCCUCUUCCCCAAGUCCCGCUUCGCCCGCACCAUCCUUCCUUUUGCCCCGUUUGAGCCCCUGAACUUCCAGGACGUGUUCCAGCCCUUCUUUGACAUGAUUCACCAAGCCCAGCAGGCCAUGGACGCCCCCUUCCAGGGCUCGGCCUUCCACCAGCCGCAGAUGGAGUUCAUAAGAGAAGGCAACGGGGACAACCGCUCAGUGUGCCGAGAAAUCCGUCAUAACUCCACGGGCUGCCUGAAGAUGAAAGACCAGUGUGAAAAGUGCAAGGAAAUCUUGUCUGUGGACUGUUCAGCCAACAGCCCCUCUCAGACUCAGCUGAGGCAAGAGCUGAACGAUUCCCUCCAGAUUGCAGAGAAGUUGACUAAGAAGUACAACGAGCUGCUUCAGACCUACCAGUGGAAGAUGCUGAACACCUCCUCCCUGCUGGAGCAGCUGAACGAACAGUUCAGCUGGGUGUCCCGCCUGGCUAAUCUCACCCAAGGCCAAGACCAGUACUAUCUCCGGGUCACCACGGUGACUUCCCAAGCUCCUAAUUCAGACUCUCCCUCUGGUGUCACUGAGGUGGUUGUGAAGCUCUUUGAUUCCAACCCCAUCACUGUGACGGUCCCAGCAGAAGUUACCAGGAACAACCCUAAGUUUAUGGAUAUUGUGGCAGAGAAGGCCCUGCGGGAAUACCGCAAACAGAACAGGGAGGAGUGAGAUGUGACUUUGCACUUAGACAUCCAGGGCCCCGAGUCCAGCUCCCCCUGAGAUGAGCCAGCUCCCCCCAGAGAGAUCUCUGCGUGUCACCACGUGACUGGGCCUCAGGAGGCCCCCCAGCCCCGCCCCACCCCUUCUCCUUCUGGAUGCUGCACUCUAACGCUGCCUGUGCUGCGGGGCAGAGCUGCUCCCGCCUGCGACUAAUACAAUAAAACCGCCUAUGAUUUGA